AUGUCCACCACCGAAGGAGAAUCGCCGUCGACUCGUCCCGGGGUGCCGGCGAAGUCCAAGCACCGGCGCAACAAGUCCAGCGUCGACGGCACAAAGCACAAGCAUGGGACGUGGUCGCCGAAAAACGAGAAGAUCGUGCUGGGUCCCUACGACUACAUGCAUGAACACCCGGGCAAGGAUGUGCGUCGCCAGCUCAUCGCCGCGUUCGACUCGUGGCUUCAGGUUCCGCCAGAGAGCCUGGCAAUCAUCACCAAGGUGGUCACGAUGCUGCACACGGCAUCGCUGCUAAUCGACGACGUCGAGGACAACUCCGUUCUCCGACGCGGCAUCCCCGUCGCGCACAACAUCUUCGGCACCGCGCAAACCAUCAACUCCGCCAACUACGUCUACUUCCUCGCCCUGCAGGAAGUCCAACGCCUGAACAACCCCGUCGCACUCGAUAUAUACGUCAAGGAGCUCCUGAACCUGCACCGCGGUCAGGGCAUGGACCUCUUCUGGCGGGACACGCUCACCUGCCCAACGGAAGACGAGUACCUCGAAAUGGUGGGCAACAAGACGGGCGGACUCUUCCGCCUCGCAGUCAAGCUGAUGCAAGCCGAGAGCACCACGGGCAAGGAUUGUGUGCCGCUCGUGAACGUCAUGGGCCUGAUCUUCCAGAUCUGCGAUGACUACUUGAAUCUGUCCAACACGACCUACACCCAGAACAAGGGUCUCUGCGAGGAUCUGACCGAGGGCAAAUUCUCAUUCCCGAUUAUCCACAGCAUCCGCUCCAACCCCAAUAACCUGCAGCUCAUCAGUAUCCUCAAGCAGAAGCCGCGCGACGAGGAGGUGAAGCGCUAUGCGCUGCAAUAUAUGCAGAGCACGGGGAGUUUCCGGCAUACGCGCGAGGUGGUGCGGGAGCUGCGCGAUCGUGCGCUGUCGCUGAUUGAGGUGAUUGAUUCGACUCCAAGGAUUAAUGGCGCGGGGGAUGGGCAGUUGGUGCGUGGGAUGGUGGAAAAGAUUGUGUCGACGACGCUGGUGGACUCGGAGGAGCAGGAGUAA